AUGACCUCGAGCGCGCCGGCGCGCCGCCACAUCCCCUACCUCUCGUUCCACAAGAGCAUCAUCCGCGAGAUAUGCCGCCCGCAAAAGGACCACCUGCUGAUCAUCGCCAAGGGGCUCGGGCUGCGGCGGAUUGUGUGUGCGCUGCUCAAGACAUAUGACCGGAAGGAGGACCUAGUGAUUGUUAUCAACGCCAACCCAGGCGACGAAGCAGGUAUCGGCGACGAACUCGGCAUCAUGGGCGUGCGCGAGCCCGGCUUCCGCAUCCUCACGUACGAGAUGAGCACAAAGGACCGCGAGGAGAUGUACCGCCGCGGCGGGCUAUUCAGCGUCACGUCUAAGAUCCUCGUGACGGAUUUGCUGAAGGGGACGGUGCCGGUGGACCUGAUCACGGGGAUCGUGGUACUACACGCGGAGACUGUCCGCGCUGGCAGCUCUGAGGAAUUCGCCGUCCGCCUGUACCGCCGCAAGAACCAGAGCGGGUUCUGCAAGGCCUUCUCCGACGAGCCCGAGGUGUUCGCCCACGGCCUCUCGCCCAUGAAGGACAUGCUAGUCAACCUGAACAUGAACGAGGUCAUGAUCUGGCCGCGCUACAACGAGGCCGUCAAGACGGCGCUGGCGAGCCGCCAGGCCGACGUCGUGGAGAUGUACCAGCCCAUGACUGACCUCAUGCGGCGGUGCCAGGACGCGAUCACCGAGUGCAUGGAGGCGAUGCUUGUCGAGCUAAAGCGCGACCACUCGCUCAACCUCGACCUCGAAGACCUCACCGUCCGCAACGCCCAGUUCAAGAACUUUGACACGAUUGUGUUCAUGCGGCUAAGGCCCGUGUGGCACAAGGUCGGGAUGAAAACCAAGAUUCAUGUGCAAGCGCUUGCCGAGUUGCGUGAUCUGCAGACGUGGCUGCUCGAGUACGAUUCGGCAACGUUCGCGGCGUACAUUAGCACCCUGCAGCGUCAGCACUUUCGCGCGCAGAAAAAGACGUCCGGCGCAGCGCAGUACCUCCACGACUGGUUCAACGCCAAGGCUGCCGCGCACCUCGUCGAGGCGUCCCAGCUGCGCGUUUCACGACCAAGGAUCACGAUCGAGGGCACGGCCAGCACGCUUAUCCCCGAUGGCGAGCGGCAUCGCGAGUCCAACACCACGACGAAUGGGCAGACUGCCCGCGACGAGCACGAGGAGGAUAUGGAGGCUGUGCGGGAGCUGGAGGAGCGACGAGAUGCGCCGAUGGGUGGAAUACCCAUCACGGAGCAGGACGACGACGAGGUAAUGUACGAGUUCGCGACGCAGGUCGAGACCGUCCCACAUAACCCCGGGCACCACUCUGCCGCAGAUGACGACGACGACGUGCUCCAUGAGGCGACAGACGCGCCGCCAGUGUUCCGCCCGCUCGUCUUCUCCCUCGAGACGGACCUCAGCUCGCGCGUAGCAAGCCGGAUACGAAAAGGCCACGAGGCGGUGCUGGAGGAGCAGCCGAAAUGGGCGCUGCUGGCACGCGUUCUCAAGGAGAUAGAGGACACGAUUGCGCGCGUGUCAGAUUCCCAUGCUGACCAACCCGGCACAAACACGGUCCUCGUCAUGACCUCGUCCGACCUCACAUGUCUCCAGUUGCGGCAGUACCUCACGACCAUGAUGCCCACUGACCCGCCGUUCGCGCCUGGUGGGGGCAGGAAGAUGAUGGAGACGCUGUACCUCAGCAACUGGCAGCACGAGAAGAACGGCCAGCGGCUGUCCAACCCGUCACGGUACACCGACGGCGCGGCGGCUGACCAGGUGGCCGCGCGUAGCGGGCUAGACGAGAAACGUUUUGCCGCUCGAGGGGCACCGAGCUACAAGCGCCGUCGAAAGCGGGCUGGCGCGCCUAUCGGCCCGGGACGAAGCAAUGAACCCUCGGUCAAAGAGGACUUGUUCAAAGAGCUGUCUGCUUUCGAGCCUGGAGAAGACGAGAUGGAGGACGUGCAGGUGCAAUGGGCGCUGAGCGAGAGCCUGCGGGAGGUUGGAACCUCAUCGACAGAACCUAUAACGGUAGCGAGCUCUCCCCCUCCUCUUGCUACAGACGCCACAUCAAGUUUGUUAGCCCGUGCCGGCGUGAUCGAGGAGGACGAUCUCAACCCUCGGUGGAAGGAGUGGAUGCUCGGACAGGGCAUGCUGGAAGACUGGGAUACGGAUUAUGGCCUGCUCGCACCUGAAGACGCGGUCAUUAUCCGGCCAUAUGGCGGAGAAGACGACGAUAUCAUGCUGCAGGAGCUGCGGCCGCGCUUUGUCGUCAUGUACGAGCCGAACCUCGCGUUCAUUCGUCGCCUCGAGGUAUACAAAAACUCGAACCCUGGCCUGCCACUACGAGUUUAUCAAAUGACAUACACCAACUCGUUUGAGGAGGACCGCUUCCUCGCGACGAUGGCGCGCGAAGGGGAAGCGUUCAAGAAGCUGAUUGAAGACCGAGGAGGCAUGGUCAUCCCGAUAUACAACAACAAUCCCCGUGCGCCGAUGCGGGACACGGUUACGCGUGCGCGCACGACGUAUUCUACGCGUAAUGCUGGCGGCGGCGAGUCGGAGAAGGAGGACGCGAGGAUCAUCGUCGAUAUCCGAGAACUGGGCGCGUUCCUCCCCUCCCUCAUUGACGGCGCCGGCAUCCAUGUCAUCCCUGCGACGCUUACCGUCGGCGACUACAUCCUCUCGCCCAAGAUGUGUGUCGAACGCAAGGCGCUGCCUGAUUUGGAGCAGAGUUUGGCGAACGGGCGAUUGCACACUCAAUGCGAAAGUAUGAGUGCGCAUUAUGAGAUCUGCAUCCUUCUUAUCGAGUUUGAGGAGGACAAGUUUGGAAUGCGCACAAAAGCCGAUGCCGAGCGCGAGGCCUCUGGCCGUCAAAACAGCGAACCCGAUAACUGGCAGGACACAUUCUACCUGCAGUCCAAGCUUGCCCUUCUUGCGCUCCACUUCCCUCGCCUGCGCAUCAUUUGGUCGUCGUCGCCGCACGAAUCGGUCAAGAUCCUGUCCGACCUCAAGCUCAACCACGACGAGCCCGACGAGCUUACAGCCAUCCUCAAGGGCACUGCGGGCGAUGAACCCGACACUGUGCGCCCGAGCGUCGAGAAUGCGGCCGCAGUGGAGAUGCUGCGUUCUAUUCCGGGCAUCUCAGGACACAAUGUGCGCCAUGUCAUGGCCAACGUCGAGACGAUCCGCGAGUUUGUGAGCCUGAGCGAGGAGGAGGUGAAGCGUAUCCUCGGGGAGGAGAAUGGGGCCAAGGCGUUUGCAUUUAUGCAUGGUGACGGGCGGUGAGAGAGGAGUAUAGUGG